CGACAGUCAAGCGUAGCCCCGGCUCGUGAAAGUGGGCAGUUACUUAUAUAGCGCAUAGAGGCGGACGUGACCCGAAGUGGAAGCGACGACCAGCGAUCGCUAGUCAUUACUUAAUGCUAAAUGAACGGCGGGGUCGGUCCCGAGUUGUGGUGAUGCUGAGCAACGUCGGGAUCCAUGUGGUGGAUAGAAUGUCGCAGUGUGACUGGCGUGAACACGUAUUCAUGGUGAUAUUGUACCUCUACACUCAGCUGAAAACGAGGAGGAUCAGAGGGACGGGCCUUAGACCUGUGGGUUCGUCACAAUGACGGUGAGGGCACCUGAGGUCAGGUGACCGCGUGCCUUGACAGUCCGACAUCGGAACUGAGCACUGAGUACUGAGUACCCACGGCUGCCGAACUCGGACGCUCUAACUCGGCCGUUGAGUUUGUCUCUCGAGCAUGCCUUUCCUGGGUCUCGUUUGCGCUGCUCGAAUGUACGAGGUGCUCUUAUCAUGGGCCAGUUCGGGGAGGUGAUUGAUUCAAGUUGUCAUCUCGGAUACGAUAUAUUGUCGCGCGGUCGAAGUAGCCUAUAGGCAUAGAUCAUUCAGCAAGUUGUUAGUCGAGUCGAUGUAAUCGUUGUGCCAAGGUCGGAGAGAGAUGCCAGCCCAACGUUGGUGACUGCCCGAAACGAUGUCAAGGGGAAACGGACCAUAGCCCCUGGAAUCAGGCAGAGUCCGGGAAUAGAAAGAGCCGGCCGUCCCCGAGUGAGCGGUGUCCAAUCAACGACGACAUGAUGACGCUCCAGUUUUAGCAAACGCGCUGUCACCAUCCCUCCCUUCCGUUAGUACCCACCCUCCCCAUCGUCUUGGGCCACCUCCCAUACAAGCCUAGUCGCGAGACUCCUCAGGUUCAAGAAAUCCGAGAUGUUGUCGAAACAAAUCAUCAACGCUGCGCGGGGACGCAGCGCCAAGCUCAGCGCACAUGGCGCGACUGCUCUGACCAUGUCCAAAGGAUGGACCGCUGCCAGCUCGCGCACCCGACGGGCUGCUUUCCAUUCCACAAAUCUUUUGCAGGCGGAGACUGUCAAAGUACCGCAGAUGGCCGAGUCUAUCACGGAAGGAACACUCAAGACAUGGUUAAAACAAGUCGGAGACAGCGUCAACGCGGACGAUGAAAUUGCUACCAUUGAGACUGACAAGAUUGAUGUAUCUGUGAAUGCCCCGACGUCUGGAAAGAUCGUGGAAUUGUUGGCACAAGAGGAGGACACCGUGACUGUCGGUCAGGACUUGUUCAAAAUCGAGCCCGGUGAGGUCGAAGCCAGCAAACCACCUACUGCAAAGGAGAGUGCUCCACCACCAUCUCCCGAGACCUCUUCCGAGAAACCUGCGGACAAACCUACCGAGAAACCUGCUGAGAAACCUGCUGAGAAAUCUGCCGAUAAACCUGCUGAAAAGCCCGCUGAGAAGAAACCAGCUCCAGCGCCCAAGCCAGAGGCAAAAGAGAGCAAACCAGCAGCUGCCCCUCCCACACCGGGAAGCAGGAAUGAAACCCGCGUCAAGAUGAACCGCAUGCGUCUCCGGAUUGCAGAGCGUCUCAAGGAGUCCCAAAACGCGGCGGCUUUCCUCACGACCUUCAACGAGAUCGACAUGUCUUCGCUGAUGGAUAUGCGCAAGCGUUACAAGGACGCGGUCCUCAAAGAGCACGAUGUGAAACUCGGGUUCAUGAGCGCGUUUGCCAAGGCCUGCACCCUCGCAUUGAAGGAGAUUCCGUCGGCCAACGCGUCGAUCGAGGGAGAGGAGAUCGUCUACCGGGACUAUGUUGAUCUCAGUGUCGCUGUCGCGACACCCAAGGGUCUCGUUACCCCCGUUCUGCGCAACGCCGAGAGCUUCAACUUUGUGGGCAUUGAGAAGGAGAUUGCUGGUUUGGGCAAGAAGGCUCGUGACGGAAAGCUGACCCUCGAGGACAUGUCAGGGGGCACCUUCACCAUUUCCAACGGCGGCGUGUUUGGCUCGUUAUAUGGCACUCCGAUCAUCAACCUGCCCCAAGCUGCUGUGCUCGGGAUGCAUUCCAUCAAAGACCGACCGGUUGUCGUGGACGGCCAGAUCGUCAUUCGUCCCAUCAUGGUCGUGGCUUUGACCUAUGACCACAGACUGCUCGAUGGCCGGGAGGCGGUCACUUUCCUCGUCAAAGUCAAGGAAUACGUAGAGGAUCCCCGCAAAAUGCUCUUGGCUUAGCCGAAUUCUUUUCCUUACUUAAGUACCGUACAAAUUCCAUCUAUUGUCGGAAGCACCAUUUCACUGGUUAGAUCACCCGGAGUAGAUCGCUCAUAACACCCAUCGCCGUGACAGCAGCCCCAGCCCCAGCGCCUUGGAUGAUUAACGGCCGAGCACCGUAUCGCUCUGUGUGGAACAUAAUGAUGUUGUCCGAUCCUCCCAACGAAGUCGCGAACGGAUGUGAAGUGGGGUAUCGCUCCAGUCCAGCACGGACUUGGCCGGUCACGACAUCCACCACACCCACAAAACGCAGCACCUGCCCGUCCGCGCUGGCGUCCGCCCGCAUUUUCGCGAAUCUCUCGUCGAAUUCAGGCAGCCUAGCAAUGAACUCG